UUCUAUUCUAUAUUAUGCUAGGAAACAAGCUGAAACUUGCCUGCCAGACCUGUAAAACAGCUCAGAUUUGACAUGUCCUGGGAGAGAGCAGAGCUGGCACACACACUGCUGGUGUAUAAGCAGCACAGAAUUUGCUUGAGCUGGUCUGCUGGUAAAGAAUGUGGAUUCUGACAUCUGAAGAGAGUGGUUUUGCCUUUCUCACAGAUGUACUUACCUCGGAGUAGCGCCCGGGAGCGCAACUGCGUGGAAAAGCAGCACGUCAGAGCACAAAUUAUGUCACGCAGCCCAAUGACUGCAGGAGAUCCCGGCUCGGAGCUCGCCUGGGGAUAUAAAGCUGGCUGAAGGAGCUAAAGUAGCGGCGAGGGGAGCGGGAGGGAAGCACAUCGCGGGAGGCAGGAGCAUCUCCCCGCUCCUGCUGCCCGUGUGCAGCCCCCGAGCGCGCCGGGGCUGAGCGAGGCGGGAGCGGCUCUCCCGGCACACGGAGCGAGUUCUGCUCUCGCAAAUGAACUCUUCCACAACUGGAGGGGCAGAGCGUUCCAGAGAUGCUAUCCUCUUUUGUCUGGCUCACCCUUCCCUUGGUUAACGCCUUUGUGACCCCAGGAAAGUCGCCCCUCAAUGGGAGCCUGGAGAAGACUUUUGUAGUCCCGAACGUGUCGGCUUUCUUUCCCUGGGAUAAUGACAGCCUGGCCGACUGGCAGAGCUUUGUGGACAGGAGCCGCUACGGAGCGGAGUCGCAGAGCACCACGGUGAAAGCCCUGCUCAUCGCAGCGUACUCCUUCAUCAUCGUCUUCUCCCUCUUCGGCAAUGUCCUGGUCUGUCACGUUGUCAUCAAGACGAAGCGCGUACACUCCGCCACCAGCUUGUUCAUUGUGAACCUGGCCGUGGCUGAUAUCAUGAUCACGCUCCUCAACACUCCCUUCACGCUGGCUCGUUUUGUGAACAGUACCUGGAUCUUUGGGAAGGGGAUGUGCCACGUCAGCAGGUUUGCACAGUACUGCUCCCUCCAUGUCUCUGCCUUGACCCUUACAGCCAUUGCUGUGGACAGGCACCAGGUUAUAAUGCACCCCCUGAAACCUCGCAUAUCUACUGGAAAAGGUGUUAUCUACAUCUCUGUAAUCUGGAUCAUGGCAACUUGUUUUUCCCUUCCACAUGCUAUCUACCAAAAGCUCUUUACCUUUGAAUACAGUGAGGAUGUUACCCGCUGCCUGUGUCUGCCAGAUUUCCCUGAGCCUGCUGAACUCUUUUGGAAGUACCUGGAUUUAACAACCUUCAUUCUGCUCUAUGUCCUGCCCCUUCUGAUCAUCUCUGCUGCCUACGUGACAGUGGCAAAGAAACUCUGGCUGCGCAAUGUCAUCGGGGACGUCACCACCGAGCAGUACGUCGUCCUGCGCAAAAAGAAUAAGAAGACCAUCAAGAUGCUGAUGCUCGUUGUCAUCCUCUUUGCGGUUUGCUGGUUCCCCUUGAAUUGCUACGUUGUCCUCCUCUCCAGCCAGACCAUCCACACCAACAAUGCCCUGUACUUCGCCUUCCACUGGUUUGCAAUGAGCAGCACCUGCUACAACCCCUUCAUCUACUGCUGGCUCAAUGACAGCUUCCGAACAGAACUGAAGGCUUUGCUCAACAUGUGCAGAAAACCCCACAGGCCCACGGAACAGAGGCUUCCCUCCACAGUCCCAUCCUACCGACUGGCUUGGCCAGAAAACAGCAACUUCAAGAGGUUGCAGGCCUCCCGUGCCCUUCCACCAUCCUCUGCCAUCCAGUCAGGAAAGACAGACAUUUCUGCGGUUGAGCCGAUAGUAGCUGUGGGCUAAACAGUGACCUUGGACUGCACAAGAGCUGAAAUGGUGGGAAGAUGUGCAGCCCUAUCACACAGCAGGUGAUAAAACCAAGAAGGACGUUCUACAGGAGGCAGUAUGAAAGAUCUGCAUGUUUGAUGCUGGCUGAUGACAAUGGUGUGGAGACCCUAGAGGGGAGAAAGUAAACUCUCCCCAGGAAGGAACUUCUGUCUUUGUCAAUUUUGGGCUGGCUUGCAGGAUGGGAUUCUCUGCAUGUCUGUUGCUGUUACCUGCAUGACUAAGCCUUUUUUAGAGCCAGGACUGGCUGUGGGUGUGUUUUGGUGGUACUUAACAGUCUCAUCACAUCAGCUCUCCUUUCCCCUUUUCUGAGUCUCCUUGUAGCAACAUGGAAAUGGUUGAGAUGCAGACCUUUAUGCUGCUGAGAUCCAAUGCAAUGAGGUAGGAAAGCAUUUUUUCUGAACUGGGGUCUGAAAAGUCAAGAGGUGUUCAGAAUGAAUGAAGAAAUCUAUUAUAUAUUUUGUUGUUGUUGUUGUUGUUACAAAGACACUUAGAGAAAUGGAGGAUAUGAGAGACAGUGAUAAAUAGGAGUCUCUUACAUCACAGGCACUUUUUCUAAAAUAGGUUUGAAGAAAAGUGGAUGCCUAUUCUUCAAAUAAGUAGAUGGCUUUUUCUUCAAAUAGAUAACUAAACCCAAAAAAGCAUACAAAAAGUUGGACAUAACAUUCACAGUUGGGGAAUGGAUAAUUAAGUUCUAUUGUGGAAUUGGACUAGAACCUUUAAUCAAAAUACCUUUGUGUCAUUGUCAAGUUGCAGCUAAAGGAUCACAGAGUUUGGCUUUUUAACUUGCCUUUGAAUGUUGCUCUCUUACCCUGUAAAGCCCCUGUGUACUUGUCACUUCAGACAUUUGGGACAUUUCAUUCCAACUAAGAAGGGAGCUUUCUAAAAUCAGUUCAUAAAUGAACUGCUUUGGGAGAAGGGUUGAUAUCUCUGAUAGCGAGUAAUAAAAGUAGAACAUUUGUCUGCAACUUAUCCUCUGGUGAUUGUACAAUUUUGGUGCAUUUAAGGAUAGUUGAGAUGUGUCCUAUUUGGAGUGGCUAAGAAAAUUCAAGAAUGUAAGUGUCUGAAGUAGAUUUCAGAACUUAAUGUUCUUAGCAGAAGAAAAUAUGGGAUUGAAUAAAAAUGGUAUUCCAAGAACUGUACCUUAUAUUGCACAGAAGAACAAUACCCUGUGCUGUGGAAAUUAGCUUGAACAUCACACCAGGGUGCCCCAUUCCACAUUUAAUUUGCAGCAUUAAGCAGUGAAGUGAGAAAAAUCUUAUUAUAAAUGGGAAAAAAAAAAAAAGGUGAGGCUGUUUUUCUCAAUGUCCUGUAAUAAACUUACAGUUCUGAAAUAA